AGAGUUGGACUAUGCAGGACGUUGCGUGCACGAACUGCAGGAACCGCAAGAUACGAUGUGGCCGUGAGAGGCCCCGUUGCGGCAGCUGCUCCCGCGACCGCGUCGAUUGCGUCUACUCGUCUCCGGCCAAGAGGGUGAACCACGUAAAAGUAUUAUGCCAGGGCUUCGACGACAUCCAAAGCCGCCUGAGGCUGGUGCAGGACGAGCUGGCGACAUUGACGGCCAUGUUCAAGAACAGCAGGAUUGCCGACGGAUAUCCCAUCAACAUGGCUCCCAUGGCGGAUGGGUCUCCGGAUGUUGGAGGGCGAGACGGCGACCUAGACCCAUCAACCGACGGACAUCUCGUGCGCGACGACGGCACCUCUCUCGAAAAGUACCACGGCCCGUGGACGUUGCUCGCCCUCUGCCGCGACUUCGGCCUAGACUUGACGUCUCAUUUCGGCCACGACAGCGUGCCGGGCAAGUUAGUGGGACAGAUGUGGCUAGAUGCAGGGAACGACAUCCGGCGGGGGCUGUCCAAGGCGGACUCGUCAGGCCGGGAUGCCAUCUCGCUCCCGUCACGGCAGUUCCUCUCAGUCGUCCUCGACAGCUUCUUUAGCCAGGAGGAUCCCAGCACCGACAUCUUCGUCCGGUCGACGUUCCAGAAGGCCAUGGAGCGUGCGUACAGCGAGCCGUCGGAUCCGGCUUCGGAAGCGUGGGCGGUCUGCUUCAACCUGAUCAUCUUACUUGUUAUUGGCGCCGAGCAAGGCAUCGGCAAGCAACCCGACCCUUUUAUCCAACCACUUCUGCAGGCAGCACAUGCGGCAACCCAAAAACCUACCAUUUUCCUCUCUCUCCGGCUCGUGAACGUGCAGGCGCUGGCUCUCCUCAGCUUGCUUGCCCAACAAUCACACAGCGAAACUCUUGGCGACGGCUUGUUCGCCCAGGCCUGCACGUUAGCGAAGGCGAUGGGCCUCUACCAGGCAGGGCAGGGUCUCCGCCUGUCGCCAUUCUCGACAGAGGAGGUGGAGGAGCGUCAAAAGGUUUUCAGGUCCCUCUACAUCAGAGACCGGUGCGCUGCCGUGACAAGGGGGACUCCCACCUGGCUUCCUGGCCACACGCUCGGGUCCCCGCCAACACCCCACGAGUCGCAGAGCACCUCCUUGCCCACUCCCGAGCCGCUGGGGAGCGGCCGAACCGAAACAACGCGGGUGGCGUGGUGCGAGCUGGCCACGUUGCAGAGCGAAUUGCACCGCUUUGUUUUCGUCGAGACGCCCCAGAUGUCGGCGCAGCAGCGGCGUCUCUCGAUCGGAAGGCUGCGCCAGAAUCUCGAGAUGUGGUCCCAAAAGCACAGCGUGCCGUCAUCAACGGUGCCGACGACAAUAGACGACGUAUCGCUGCAUCUCGCCUUCCUGGGCACGCGAAUCAAGGCAAUAGAGGGCUACAAGCCGGGCCGGGCAGACAGGUCCGACACUGCCCAGGCGCUAGCUGACGCUCGCGUCUGUUGCCUGCUGCUGCUAGUCUCGUGCGAUGGGCGCCGCGAUGUCGCGUGGGUUGAGCGGCUGGAGCGGCUGCUCAGCAAACCGAGCAGCAUGUCGCAGGCGCUGGCGUCGGUUGGGAAGCCCCACACCCCUGCAUCCUCGUCCCCCUCGACACCAACCGCCGAUGGGCCGAGGUCGCAACAACAACACGGCUCCAAAUCGCCAGGUCCCUCUCCGCCGCUCGGCAUCCAGCGGCUCGCCAUCGCCUUUCCUUCGGCCGCCCCCUUUACCCUUGCGAGAAACAUUCUCGGCAUGAGCGUUGGAGGGUCGUCUUCCUCUUCCUCGUCCUCAACCUCCUCCUCACGCAGACAGUCGUUCUUCCAGGCCAUGGGCGACGACGCGCACGAUCCGCCGACAGAGGCAGCUGACGACAUCGCACUGCUGCAGGCGCUACAGGCCCAGUUCCGCGACGCCGCCGUCGUGGCCAACAGCGACCCAGACAAUCACGCCGCCAAGGUCGGGCGCGUGAUCCAGGUCCUGGCCGACAUCGUCGGCGCCGUCGUCGACCCCGUGCGCUUCGGGGCCGACGGCAACAACGGCCUGCACGGCCACAAUAUGAGUGUCGUCGACCCACUUCUCUCGUCUGCCAUAAUAUCGCCCCUGAUGGACUCCAGCGUGUCGGUCGCUCCGUCCGGCACCUCCAGCGCCCCCGUCGCCGGCAGGGGGGCCAGCAUUUAUUCAGUUUCGCAGCUCGACGCCGCGACGGUGGUGGCGGCGGGCCUGUCGUCGCACCACCACCUGGGCAACACGGGAGGCGGCAGUGGCGGCACAACGUCGCCGGCGGGGGACGCGUGGGGGAACGCGCGUAACAGCUCGUCGACCGAGUCGCUGUCGACGGGGAGCUCGUCGGCGUCGAUGCCGCUCGUCGCGACGCCCGAGAUGGCGUUUGACAUCUCGCAGUUCAUCGACCAGAUGGGCGCCGGCGCGCUCGGCGCCAUGUGGGAGGACCAAGGCCCGCUGCCCGUCACGCCGACCCAGCAGGACCAGAACCAAAACCAGAACCAGAAUCAGAAUCAGAACCAAAGCGCAUUGGAAACGACGCCGGCGUCGACAGCGACGGUGGCGGCUGGAGGAGCGGGAGGAGGUGGAACGACGGGGUCGGGGGCGGCAACGUCGACGAGGAGAAAGGCUGCCAAGCGCGCGAGGACCAGCUUCACCCUAGACGACGAUGACGGGGGCGACUACAUGCAAUCUGUAUAACACGAGUUGAAUCGAAUGGGGGGAAGAAAAAGAAGGGAAUGUGUUGACGAGGAUGUGUUGAAGAGGAUGUGUUGACGAGGAUGUGGGAUCAAAACAGGUGAAAGGGGGUGUGUUGGUAUCCCUGUGCCCCGUGGUUUGGGAAGGAUG